AGAAAGGGGGAGGAUUCAGUGUUACUUCCGGUUUUACAUGGUGAAGCACCUUGGAAACAGCCAUUUCAUCUCACGAGCAAUGGAAGUAAGGUUGGAGAAGAGAAAGAGUAAGAAAGGGAAAGAAAGAUGAUGAUGAUGAUAAUGCUGAUUGUAAGUUUGUUGAUGUUGAUCAUGCUGCUGCUCAGAAGUAGUCUAGAGAUGUUGAUUGAAGGAGCAAAAACAGGGAUUGCAGAGGGUUGAGUUUGAAUGACGAGUCAUUGGAAUAGGGAAAAUAAAAAAAAAGGAAAAACCUUUGUUGACCUGACUGAGAAUCGUUCAUUUCGAGUUGAGUCAGGGAAAGAAAAUUGCAAGCAACUCACUCAAUGAAUUGAGCAUGAGUUCAGAGGAAUGUUGAUUGAAACGAAAAGAAAAAAUUGAACAAAAAUUGAAUAAACUAACUGUUAAUCGUUAAUCUUAUUAUUAUCGUUAUUACUAGUAAUCUGUUGAUGGUAAUCGACUGUUGCAGUUCAACUGACAAAUGAAAUAUGUUUACAUUUUAAAGACUAUGUAAGUUCACGGUUCACAAUCUGGUCUAACAAAGGUUCAAUAUCAAAUGGAUUGAAUAUUGUUAAUUUUGCCAAUCCUUUCAGCCAACACCAGUAAAGCCAUCACUUUUAUCAUCAACCUCAAGGGUUACCAUUUUUCAUUUCAUUGUUUACGAAGCAACCAGGAAAGAUAAGAAACAAAAAUUUCCAUAAUUCAUCGCCCUUGUUACCAGAUUUAACAUCUUUCACGAGUACCAGAAUUGCUGAUUGUUACUGUCGUUCUGGUUUUCAUCAAAAGGGUAGUUUCAUCGACCCAACCAGUUGUCCGAGACAAAUUGGCAUCAAUAUUGGUCAAAGUGUUUGUUUCAUGAUGGAAAAAUAAGGAGCCUUAAUCAUAAACAGGGCAAGAAGAAUCCAAAUAUUACGAGAAAAUCAAAUGGAUCAAGAUGAAAACAUGGUUAAUGAGGAAAAAGUAAUUGAAGAUGAAUCGGGUGAAGAUGAUAUUGGAGCUGACUGGAACAAUGUUUCAAGUUCAAGUUCCUCACAAUUUAACACAGGUAAUCAAAGUGAUCACCAACAAGACGAUUUUUUAGAUAUGUUGGCUCGAUCUCAAGAGCAACGUAUGAAUGACCAGCGAUGUUCAAUUGACAGGAUGGAUUUAAUACGAGUUAACCAGCAGCCAGGUUCAACGUUGUCACCCUAUAACAGUGAACCUAAUUAUCAAGAUAAUUCAAUGCAACGAUCCAAUAGUGGACCUGUGGAGUCCAUGGCAGGAACAAGUUAUGGCACAGUACAAAGUACCAGACCAACAAAUGCACAACCAUUUUCUAAUAAUGCACAAGUCGAGUCAUCUUCAAGAUCAAAUCGAGUAAUGAAUAGAGCAGCAACAAUAGAUAGGAGCACAACUAAUGGUAACAGUCGGAAUAACGUUGUUACAAAUGGUCGGAGAGGUUCAAAUCCGAUUAGCUUUGGUUCCAACAAUCGUCCAACCUCGUCUUCAGGAUCAGCAUCUUUGUCAUCAGCGUAUGGAAGCUCAGGCUCAGAUUUAGGUAACGCAAGAGAUGAAUUGUUAGACAUGAUUGCAGCCCUUCAAAGUCGCCGACUUGAUGAACAAAGAGCACCACUUUCCGUUUUAAGACGCAGUUUAACAUCAACAUCUAAUGGAGCAAAUCAUUCAGGGUUGUCUCAUAAUAACUCCAAUUCAAAUCAAGGAGCAUCAUCAAAUCAAGGGGGAAAUGCGACCGAUGAAGACGAAAUCGAUGAUGUUGAUGAUUUAUCCUCUUCUCCCCUUGGACAACCAACUGGUCGAAAGACUCGUCAAAUGUCUCUCGGUGCCAAUAUUUUGCCUGACGAUGAUUUCUUUGAACAACUCAUGAAAUGCCAAUCAAGUCGCCUUGAGGAUCAACGAGUAACUCUUCCAAAUCUUUUUGCUUCUCAAACCUCGUCAACAUCACCUUCAACAUCAGCCAAUGUUUUAGCUCCUUCCACGUCUUCCCUUAACCCUUCUCCAACCACCUCAUCAUCCUCAGCUCGAGCCAAUUUUGCUCGGAAUAGAUCAGCAACUGUUUCUGAUUCUAGUGCAGUUGGCCCGACUGGACCAAGUAAACCAAUUACUGAAGAUUUCUUUGGACUUAUCAUGCGUUUCCAGUCAGCUCGAAUUGAAGAUCAACGGACAGAGCUUCCAGGUGGUAAUCAUUCCGAGGAUGGUGAUGAUGAAAAUAAUGAAGGAGGGAAAAAAUCGUCCGGAAAUUCAACAUCAAACUCAUCCUUGACAUCUUCAUCUGAAGACAGAAAAAAGAUUGACACAGGUUCACAAUGAGUAACAGCUUUUUGGGUGAAAUUGGAUUCCAUUUGAGCCAUUGAAAAGAGAGUGAGAAGCUGGAUCAACCAAUUUAUUGGAAUAUUUCAAUAAUAAUUCCCUGAUAACUCUUUCCAGGAUUUCAUUACCAUUUAAUCCAAUCUAAACUUUUCAUUUCUUGUCUUUCAGAUGUAAGAUUUAAGAAAAAAAGUAAUUCUUUUCAUUUUUUUCUGCAUUUCCAUCAUCGAAGUUGAAAAAUAAUGUGAAAAAUACUUGUUAAUCAAUUUCAACCAAUUAACACAUGACGUUAAUUUAAUUAAUUGUUCUCGUUUCAUCUUAAAACUACAUCUGUUGAAAUCUUUGCUCCUCUUUUUUUCUUUACUUUAUAUUUGUAAGAAAAUUUCUUGGCAUUUCAUUCGAUAUCAUCCUGAUCAUCAUUAUUACUAUCACCAAGCUCAUUUUGUCUUCUUUCUUGUUAUUCUUAAAGAAGCAACCAAGUUGCAGUUUAUUGAGAAAGGACAAUACAUAACAGUUUAGUUCAAAAAUUAAACCAACUUACAUUUUCUCAAA